AUGCCAGACUGCGCCGUUGGAGGCGACCCCAUCUGGGAGUACGCCACCAGGUUCGGCUGGAACGGGAUCGUUCUGGAGCCGGUGCCCCACAUCUUUGCGCAGCUGGCCGAGAAUUACAAGCCGUACCCCAACGUGAAGCCCGUGCAGGCGUUGGUGAGCAACCAUUCCGGCAUCGGCAGGAUCCUGGACCGUGCGGAGACCUCCCAUGAGAUCAGCCUCUCCCGCAAGAAGGGCGUCGAGGUGCCCACGUACACGCUGGAGACGCUCUGGAAGGACGUGUUCGGAGCGGACAAGGCCAAGAUGGACAUCCUCGUCGUGGAUGCGGAGGGCAACGAGCCGAAGAUCCUGUCCGGCAAGUUCCCAGAGCCGAAGCCGCAGUUGGUUCUCUUCGAGAUCGCCAACCUCCAGAAGGCCGAGCUCGACGGCAUCCACGCCAAUCUGGAGAAGGAGGGCUACGUUUUGCUGGAGAACUUGCGCCACCAGGACGAGGUGGGCAUCAACAUGGCGCCACAGGACGCGCUGUACGGGCUCAGGACGGAGCAGUCCUUGCCGCUCUCCCUGCCGGAGGGCCACGUACCCCUCUUCGUGAGGUGGGAGGAGUACCUCAAGAGCAUGAACGGCGUAAAUUUCGUCCAGAUCGGUGGCAAUUGCGGCACGAAUUUGCCAGAGUGCGCCGUGGGAGGCGACCCCAUUUGGGAGUACGCGACCAGAUUCGGCUGGGACGGCAUCGUCCUGGAGCCAGUGCCCCACAUUUUCUCCAAGCUGACCGAGAACUACCGCCCGUACCCCAGCGUGAAGCCGGUGCAGGCGUUGGUAAGCAACCAUUCCGGCGUCGGCAGGAUCUUGGACCGUUCGGAGACUUCCCACGAGAUCAGCCUCACCCGUAAGAAUGGAGUCGAGGUGCCCACUUACACGCUGAAGACGCUCUGGAAGGAGGUGUUCGGUGCAGACAAGAAGAAGGUCGACGUCCUCGUCGUGGAUGCGGAGGGCAACGAGCCGAAGAUCCUGUCCGGCGAGUUCCCGGUGCCGAAGCCGCAGUUGGUGCUCUACGAGAUCUCCAACUUGCAGCAGGCGGAGUUGGAUCAGAUCGACGCAAACCUGCGCAGGGAGGGCUACGUCCUGCUCAAGAACCUCGUCCACCAGGACUCGGAAUCGAGGGUGGGCCUGACCAUGCCGCCGCAGGACGCCCUGUACGGGCUUCUGGCCGCGGCCGCGUGA